AUGGUUCACGAACUAGAAGUCAAGAGGUCGGAGGUGAAAAAGGGGCGCGGUAGACCUAAGAGUAAUAUUGGUUUAGCGUCAAGAGCAAUGAACUACGUUCAAAUUGUCUCAAAUUUUUCAGAAUCUAUUCAAGGUGGCCUAAAACGAAGACGUUUGUGUGAAAUUAAAACUAUAGAACAUGAUGAAAUGAGAAGCGCAAACCAUCUUCCGAUUAAUGUUGAUCGAGGUUGUUCUGUUCCAAAGGCUUUAGAAACUCAACUGCAGUCUCAACCUUAUGCAUUAAAUGAGUCUCAAAGCAGUAGUCAGGUAGAGAUAGAUCUGUCUUCCAUUAUCCGCAAUGAAAGUGAUAUCUCGGAGACAAGAAUGAAUCCUGGUAAUCAUAAAGACAAUGUUUGUUCAGCGUCAAGAGCAAUGGAUUUUGAGGAAAUUGUCUCUCAGCUUUCACAAUCCAAUCAAGGUAGUCUAGAAUGCAAACAUUCACAUGAAUUUGAUGUUGUGGAACAUCAUGAAAAGAGAAGCUUUGACCAUCGUCUGAAAAAUGUUAAUAGAAGUUGUUCUAUUGAUGAGACUUUGUUGGCUCCAACACAAUCUCAACCUUAUGCAUUUGAUAAAUCUCAAACCAUUGGUCAGUCUGAAAAAAACCUGGCGGGCAAUCUUCAAUGUCAUGGUGAUGUGUCAAAGAUGAUUAUGCAAGACUCAUUUAGUAAACCUGUUUCUGAAGUCUUUUUGCCAGAGAGUGAUAGCGAUCUUGAAAGUGAAGAUGAAGCUGAUUCCGAUUAUAAUCUAUCAGAAAUUUCUGAGUGUAGCAGCAACUAUGAUUCUGCCAGUGAAGAUGAUGAUGAACACAUACAAUUUGAGGAAAGACACUAUUCUGAAUCGUCUAAUCGAUCAAGCUAUGUAGAUCUUGGAGAUCCUUUACAUGAGUGUGUUCAUUGCGGAGCAUGUUUGUGGUAUAAUGAACGACUUGUGAAAAGCAAAGACUCUCAAAAUCCAAAGUUUUCUUUGUGCUGUCGUAAGGGAAAGGUUCAACUGCCAACAUUGCCAAAACCUCCUGAGUUUUUGAGACAUUUAUUGUUUGAUUAUGAAACGCCGGAGAGUAAAAAUUUUCUUAGUCAGAUUAGAACCUAUAACAUGAUGUUUGCAUUUACAUCACCUGGAGCUAAAUAUGAUUCCAGUUUUAAUAAUGGAAAAGGACCUCCUACAGUUAGAAUUCAAGGUCAAUUUUGUCAUAGGAUUGGCAGCAUGUUGCCAAAGAAUGGAGAACCUCCUAGGUUUGGUCAGCUCUAUAUCUAUGACACAGAAAAUGAAAUACAAAAUCGAAUUCAAGGUGUAAGGAACAAUAGAAAUAUUGAUCCCAAAAUUGUUGAAAAUUUAUCAACGAUGUUGUAUGAAAAUAACACUCAUGCAAAAUGUUUCAAGAUGGCAAGAGAAAGAUUAUAUUCUGAUAUAGACGUUCCUGAUCUUAAACUUAGGUUAAUAUCAAAUAGGAAAACAGAUGGUCGAGUUUACAAUCUUCCAACUGUAUCCGAAGUAGCUGCAUUAAUUGUAGGAGAUGUUGGUGAUGCUGAAAAAAGGGAUAUUAUUGUUCAAGCUCAUGGUGGUCAAUUGCAAAGGAUUGAUGAAUUUCAUGCUAGCUAUCUUGCUUAUCAGUAUCCGUUACUUUUCCCGUACGGAGAAGAUGGAUAUAGACCUAAUAUUGCACACAGAGGAAUUGAUCAAGGUGAUGAUACUAUGGAUGUGAAGAAACAUAAUAGGUUAACAGUUAGAGAGUGGCUAGCAUAUAGAAUUCAGAUGAGAUUAUUUGAAGCCAAAACAUUGUUAUCCUCCAGGAGAUUGUUUCUAGAAUUUUUGGUGGAUGGUUUCACAAUGUUAGAGGCAGAAAAACUGAGUUGGCUUAAGAGGAAUCAAAAAAAGCUCAGAGUUUCGAAAUACAAGAAUCUUCAUGAUGAAGGUCAGCAGAAUAAUGCUCCAGGAUCAACCAAAGGAAAAAGAUAUGUUUUGCCGUCCACUUACGUUGGAGGCCGCCGAUUUAUGGAUCAGCUUUACUUUGAUGGAAUGGCUAUCUGCAGCAAAGUUGGGUUUCCUGAUCUUUUCAUUACCUUUACAUGUAAUCCCAAGUGGCCAGAGAUCGUAAGAUUGUUGACUCCUUUGCAUCAAAGAGCACACGAUCGGCCCGACAUUGUGGCAAGGAUCUUUAAGAUGAAAUUUGAUCAACUGAUGUCGGAUUUGAUAAAGAAUGCAAUAUUGGGAAAAGUCUUGGCAUAUAUAUAUACAAUUGAGUUUCAAAAAAGAGGGUUACCUCAUGCACAUAUUCUACUUUUCUUUCAUCCGUCGAACAAGUAUCCUACUCCAGAUGAUAUCGAUCGAAUCAUUUCUGCAGAGAUACCUGAUCCUGUAAAACAACCAGAAUUGUACAACUUGGUUAAGGCGCACAUGUUUCAUGGUCCAUGUGGUUUAGCAAAUGAAAACUCACCUUGCAUGAGAGAUGGGAAAUGCUCUAAAUACUAUCCUAAGAAAUUCCAGUCAGUGACAAUUGUCGAUCAAGAAGGAUUCCCUGUGUAUAGAAGGAGAAAAAAUGGCCGGACCAUAGAGAAAGCAGGUAUUCUUCUUAACAAUUCACAUGUUGUUCCACAUAAUCCAACUCUGCUUCUCAAGUAUCAAGCUCAUAUCAAUAUGGAGUGGUGCAAUCAAAGUUCCUCAAUUAAAUAUUUGUUUAAGUAUAUUAAUAAGGGUUCAGAUAGGAUUGGUGCUGUAAUUGAGCCAGUUGAAGUGCAGGCUUCAUCUUCUCAACAUAACAGAUUAGAUGAAAUAAAAGAAUAUCUUAAUUGCAGAUAUGUUUCAGCAAGUGAGGCAUGUUGGAGAAUAUUUUCUUAUUCAAUACAUGGUAGAAAGCCUGCUGUAGAGAGGUUAUUCUUUCACGAUGAGGGUGAAAAUUGUGUUUACUAUAAAGAUCAUGAGCAAAUUGCUGAUGUUUUGCUUAAGGCGAGUGUGACUGAAUCAAUGUUCACUUCUUGGAUGGAGGCUAAUAAGUUGUACCCUGAAGCAAGAUUAUUAACCUAUGUAGAAUUUGUUUCUAAGUUUGUUUAUGAAAAAAAAAAAAGAUCAUGGAAACCUCGGAAAAAAGGGUACACAAUUGGAAGACUUAUGUGGGUACCUCAAAGUACUGGAGAGUUGUAUUAUCUAAGAAUGAUAUUGACUGUUGCUAAGGGACCAACAUGCUAUAAGGAUCUAAAAUUUAUUAAAGGAGUCCAAUAUCUUACGUUCCGAGAAGCAUGUUUUGCCUUAGGAUUUUUAGAAGAUGAUAGAGAGUUCAUCGGGGCAAUAAAAGACGCAUCUGUAUGGGGUUCAGGUUAUUUUUUAAGAAAACUUUUUGCGCGUAUGCUAUUGUCUGGAUCAAUGGAUAGGCCUAAUCAUGUAUGGGAAAAUUCUUGGAGAUUACUUUGUGAUGGCAUUCUUUAUAAUCAAAGGAAAUUGUUGCAAAAUCGAGAUUUAUUGUUGACAGAUGAAGAAUUGCAAGAUUUAACCCUCACAGAAAUUGAGAAGCAUUUGCAAUCUAACGGAAGAAGCUUAAGAGAGUUCAAAUGUAUGCCAUAUCCAAGCAAUUAUGUUCCAGAUUUUUUGGGAAAUAGACUGAUAUACGAAGAAAAAAAUUAUGAUCCUGUUUUCCAAAAACAAGUUUUUGAGCAAUUGUUUGGAUCUCUUACAGGUUAG